AUGAUUGAAACUAAGCAAUUCUCUCUGAGUGAAAUUCAGAAACAUAACACAAAAUCGGAUCUGUGGCUAAUAAUUCAUCAUAAUGUAUACGAUGUAACAAAUUACCUCGAAGACCACCCUGGUGGUGCAGAAUCUUUGCUCGAAGUCGGAGGACAGGACUCGACGGCUUUAUUCGAAGAUGUUGGGCAUUCUGCCGAUGCGCGAGAAACAAUGGAAUCAUUUUUAAUAGGAAGGUUAGAAGGCGCCCCUGACAAGGAAGAUGAAGAUACUGGAUUGCCGAUGCCGAAACCAGACUUGAAAGCCAAAUCCAAAACCCAACACUUUAAUAGUCAAGCUCCAAUCAUUACAGCAGGUAAAGCUGGACUAAAGAUUUUCUCGGUUGGAUCUGCGCUUUUCUUGGGAUACGAAGUUUAUUCGAGAUCGCCGAAGAUUGGGUGGCUUCAAGCACAACAUGGAGGAUUCUGGAAAGGAGUACUUGUUUCGAGUAUUGCUACACUAUCAAUUGCGGUAGGAUUAGGACGUUACCUCGAGAAAGCACUAUCGGUACCCAGCAAAACGCCAUAUUCAUACCCAUCAUACUACAAACCAUCCAUUCACAUUGCCAAGCCAAUCACGAAAUUCAAUGGAUAUUUACAACCGGAAGAAUAUCAAAAAUUGCCUUUAUUUAAAAAAGAGAUUUUAUCAUCGAAUACUCUGCAUUUAAUUUUCAAGCUUCCGAGAGAGGACAUGAUACUUGGUCUUCCAAUUGGACAACACAUUAGUAUUCGAGCAGACAUCGAUGGCAAGUCUGUCAGUAGAUCAUACACGCCUGUUUCCAAUAACUCUGAUCCCGGAGAACUUCGAUUGGUGAUUAAGAUGUAUCCUGAUGGCGAGCUAACCGGCAAAUAUCUUCAGCAUCUCCAAGUUGGAGAUGAGAUUGAGGUACGUGGACCAAAAGGUGCCAUGAGAUAUCGAAAGGAAAUGGUGACGGAGAUAGGAAUGGUUGCCGGAGGAACAGGUAUUACACCGAUGUAUCAGUUGAUCCGAGCAAUUUGCGAAGAUCCAACGGAUAACACAUCAGUUACGCUUCUCUAUGGUAACAAAACUGAGGAGGAUAUCCUUCUCCGUGAACAAUUAGAUGGUUUUGCGGAGCGAUACCCCGAGAACUUCAAGGUACAUUAUGUAUUGUCCGACCCGUCCGAAAAUUGGAAAUCGGGCAAGGGAUAUGUGACCAAAGAGAUGGUUGAAGAAAUAUUCCCGAAGCCAAGUAACGAUAGCAAAGUCUUACUUUGUGGACCACCUGGUUUGGUCAACUCGAUGAAAAUAGGUUUGGUAGAGCUGGGAUGGCAGAAACCGAGAGCUGUGAGCAAGCUGCCGGAUCAGAUCUUUAGUUUUUAG